UGUGCGAGCAGCAUCCGUCGAGGGGUUGGCCUCGUCGAUGUCGGCGAAAGGAGAGGGUGACUGUCCCCAUACAAAAGGAUAGUAACGAGUGGGGGUAGUAACGCCCGCCCAUUGGUCCGCCCAUGGUCCGACCGAAGCGGAGUCAUUUGGAAUCAAUCCGUGGCACGAUUUCACCCUGUUGUAGAGACAAUCGUUGUUCUAAGUUCGCGAGAACACGAACGUUUUAUUCGAUUAAUCGGCAGAAUUUUUCCGUCUGGACUGUUUUUUUUUUCUUUCCGUCAAUUUCACCUAUUCGUUCGUUCCCUCUUUUUUCUUUCUUUUUUUUUUUAUUUCCUUUUUAUUUACCCGAAAGAUCAUCUCAUACUUGACCCAUUUCGAAAUCCAAGUUAUGUUUUAUCUGGUGUAUUGUCGAAGAAAACAGUUUAGUGUUUUAUGCCUGAAGGUUAAAGUCUGACGAUAUGUACCUUCGAUCAUGGAGAUCCGUUUAAAAGGUUCCAUCGUUUUAGUAAUAAUAGAAGAGAAACAUCCUUGACGGCGGCACGUCAUGCCGAUGUACACGUUCCUCUUGGCUAAACUCAUUGCGAGUGUUUAGAACCGGUAAACAGAGAAAGAAAGAGAGAGAGAGAGAGAGAAGAAGGAAGAAAAUAAAAAAGGCGCGUUAUCGUUGUGGAAACAAACUAUUAGCGAAAGAUAGCACUCCAAGAAAGAGAGAGGUAGAGUCUCGCGUGUGACAGUUCGCUUCGGUGAAAUAUGUCGGACGCGGGAUGUCGACGAGGAAUCUUCUCCGACGGUGAUGUUUCCGACAACGUUUGUCCUUGAGAUUCGCAAGAAGACUUAAAAAGAAGACUAAAAAAGAUUUUAUCUAAUACGGAAUCGUUGAUAAAAGUUUCGAAGAAGGAUCGUUCGGGGGUUCUUCUUUUUUUUCUCUCUUCUUCAUUUCCUUUUUCUUUGUUGUUUCAAGGACGAACGGAAUGCGAGCGAUGACCUUGAGCGUUGAAAGAAAGUGGUAAAAUAAGAAGUGUGUUUUUCGGUUCUGAUGAACGUUCGAGGGAACUCAUGGAAGCGCAUUGUGCGAUGAUGAUGUCGAAUCUGUCGUGCGACGGUUGCGCUGACAGCAGCAGCCGGGAUUCCGACAGCAGUAGCAUGAUUGUAGAUCCGGUGAGUCUCGAUAAGAACGACAUGUCACCGCCGCAAUCGUCGUCGAGUCCGUUAAUAUCGAGUUCUCCGGUACCAACGAUGACAGCGGCGACGACGAACUCGUUAAGAUGUCGCGGUGGUGCGAAUAGAAUGACGAAAAAAAUGCCAUACUCGAGGAUGCCGGUAACGUCGGUGGCGUUGUCCUCGAAGUCAACGAGUCAACAAAAAACGUCAACGGCGGGUCAACAGUCAUCCGGUUAUGGAAACGAGAAAAUGUCUUCGUCUUUGAUAAAACCACCAUAUUCCUAUAUAGCAUUGAUUACCAUGGCCAUCCUACAAUCACCCCAAAAGAAACUUACGCUAAGUGGCAUAUGCGAAUUUAUAAUGUCACGAUUUCCAUAUUAUCACGAUAAAUUUCCAGCCUGGCAAAAUUCUAUCAGGCAUAAUUUAUCAUUGAACGAUUGUUUCAUUAAGAUACCAAGAGAGCCCGGCAAUCCGGGUAAAGGCAAUUAUUGGACAUUGGAUCCACUUGCCGAGGAUAUGUUUGACAAUGGUAGCUUUUUACGACGUAGGAAGAGAUACAAGAGGCCACCGCCUCAUUACGUUCUUCGCGACAGGGCUAUCAUGGCUACCUUUGCAAUUUGCGGCGAUCGUGGACCUUGUCCAGGUGGUGGGGCUGGACAUCCAGGUACAUUGGCUUAUCCCGGUGCUGCAUACCUUUCGCCACCACCCGGCCUACCACUUUUGGACUUUUCUCCGUCUACGUUGGAAGCUCUCAAAUUAGGUGCUUUCCUCGAGCCGCCAGCACCGCUUUACAAGCCUGUACCCAUUACCGCACCGCCUAUCAGACAACUCGAACCAACACCGACUAGGACAACAACGACGAUACCAAUGAUCAACGCACAGACCAGCGUUGAGAAGAAAAGAAACUUUAGUAUCGAUGCACUCAUCGGCAAACAAACGGUCAGCGAUCAGGGUUGCGCCGGUCUUCUCGAUCUUAGUCCGUCGGAGCACAGAGAAAUUAGAAGUCAAGCGUCCGCGUUUUCGCCUCUCGUUUAGAGCAAACCUUUCAUUUUGCUCGAUAAUUAUCUUUCGAUAUCGAUCGAUAGCGAUUCCUUCGUCCAAGUCGUCCGAUCCACCGAUGUAAUUCACGAUUAAUCAGAUAAUGGAACCCGUCGUAAUAAUGUAAAUUGGAUUUAUAGUAAUCGAAUUGUAUAUCUCGUAGAGAGAGAGAGAGAGAGAGAGAGAGAGAGAGAGAGAGCGAGAGAGAGAGAGAGCGAGAGAGAGAGAGAGAGAGAGAAUGAAAGACAAAUUUCGACGAAAGGAGUCGCGUAUAUUUCGUUUAAAUGGACUAAUCGUCGAUCGGUCACAUUCCUAUAAGAGACUCCUUAUCAAAGUGACUUUGUUUCGUCGGUUUUUAUUAUUAGAAUAAGGUCAUCGUCCAGUGAAUGGUGAUUUUAUUUGUACGGACGAUCGCAUCGAAAGAGGAUGCGAAUAAAUAUUUUCAAUACUCGAUCGUGAUCUCGACAUUCUCCUUCUAUUGAUAUACCGAUCCUAUAAUCAGCUACUACGUCAGUUAUUAUAGGAUUUAACUAUCGUAAAUUUUUAGUCGAAAAUAAACUUUGACAAAUAAUGUUACUACCGAUCGUCGGAGACUCGAAAAAUUAUAUCACCAUCAGCGAAAGUCAUGCGUUUGUUAUGAAUCGACUAUAAUUAAUCAACGACGUAUUCUUCUUUCUUUUUCUUUUUUCCUUUCCUUUUCUUUCCUUUCCUUUUCUUCUUAUCACCAACACCAACAUUAUUAUUCGUUCUUAUAAAUGCUAACUUUCGAAUAUUUUUAUUUCAAUGAUCCAUUUGUAUCUUUAAAUUAUUUUAUCUAUAAAAUAUCUUUAUCGAUAACGAUAAGAGCGCGACAAAAGAAAAAAAAAAAAAAAGAAAGGAUAGUUAGACGAAGGUGUAGUGCAAUAGUACGUGAUAAUCGUUUGAUUUCUAAUAAAUUCUUCUAAUAUUUCUUAUUAUUUUUCAAGUCGCGAUAUUAUAUUUUGACUUUUUAAUAAUCAUCGAUAUCAUCAAAAUGGCCACUGGCAAUAGUCUUUGGCAAUCCGUUUGCGUUCGGUCGAUUAAUAACGGCAUUGUAAAUACGAGCCCCGGACAAAUAUGUGCGUAGCACUCUUAUUAUUCCGGGGGCAUGUUUCUUUUCUUUCUUUUUCUUCGUCGGAUUUAAUGUAAAGACACGCUACUCGAAAUUGGACCGCGUUCGGUCAAGUAGGUAUUAUUUAGUUGUACAUAAAGUGAUAAUAUGUAGUAUUUUAAAAAUACAUGUACUAAUAGGACACAUUUAUCAUCGUAGACAAUUUUAUUGUGCACAUACGUGUAUAUCUGUGACGUGACGUGGCUUUUUGUUUUUUUAGAUUCGUUGAAAAAAAGGGAAUUGAUAAUAAAUACAAAAAUAAAAAAACGAACGAACAAUGAAAAAACGAAACAAUACGAAAACACGUUAUUACUUAAGAACAAAUUUUUCUCUUUUAAUCUAAUGUCAAUCUCUAAUGAGAUUGGCAGAGCCAAUAAUAUCGUCUGUCACGUGUGCAUUCCGAGAGAAUGAAAUUUGUUAGAAAAAGAAAAAAAAAAAAAGAAAAAAAUGAAGAAAAAAAAAAGAGAGUUUUAUAAUUUUCUCAGGCAGCUCUUUUCCUUUUUCUUUCCUUUUAAUUUCUCUUUUCUCUUUUUUCCUUUCCGUUUUUUUUUUCGCCAAAUAGACUUGGCCGUAGGAGUAAAUCCAGUAAAAGUUUCGAGAACAGGGUAGAAACGUAAUUAAAUAAAAGAAAUCUUACAAUUAGAACUGUAUCUUACGCGAAAGAAUGCAACUAUGAAAAACAUAUCGUAAUGUUUUAACAUUGACAAUUAUUUUUUCACAAGUAAUUUUUUUCAAAUAUUUUAAAUAACGUUUUAUAUAUAUACUAUAUAUAAUAUAUAUAUAUAUAUAUACAUAUUAUUAUUAAGAAUCAAUAUAGAAUAACAACAAUAAUAACGGUAAUAAUAAUUAUUAUCUAUUAAUAUUAACGUUUUUUCUGUCUCGUUAAGUUUUCGUUGUUCGCAUUGGCACGGCCUUUAAAGUGGAAAAGCCUCGAGAAAUUUGUAUUGUAGAUAGUACGAAAACACUCGACGAACGUCGAUCGAAUCUCUCGGUGAGCAAUAUGAGCAAGAAGGAAGAACUCGAAGGAGAGGGAUGGAUGAGAGAGAAAACAGAACGAAAAGGAAAGAAAAAUAUAGAGAAACGGGAGUAAAAAGAGAGAAGAGAGAAUGUGUGAGUGAGUAUGCACGUGAUUGUGUGGGUGGAUUGCGUCUGGGUGUGUGUGAAAAAGAGAAAAAGAAAAAAAGAGGAAGAAUUCUCAAUGAAUCGACGAUACAUACCCAAAGUGAAAAAGGAGAAAAAAGAAAAGGGAAAAAAAAGAAUAAUAAAAAUAAAUAAAUAAAAAAAAGGAAAUAAUAAAUAAAAAACCGUGCAUUAAUGCAUGUAGGUAUGUAUCAGGAAAGUGCGACAGAGUUAUGCGUUAAUUUCAGGAGAAACGACGAGCCAUGAUAUUGGAUUAAAAUUACGACGAUAAGGCUCACUGUGUCGGUUAUUAUCAGAGCAUAAUGCGAGAGAGAGAGAGAGAGAGAGAGAGAGAGAGAGAGAGAGAGGGAGAAUGAGAGGAAGAGAGAAUGAGAAUGAGAGAGAGAGAGAGAGAGAGAGAGUAUUUAAUCAGAUUUACUUUUCUCGAAUAAAAUGAUGUGUGACGCGGUAGGGGGUUAUUUUAGGUAAAUAGUGUCAUAUUUUCAGAUAACUUAUGAAAGUAAUAAAUCGAGAUUUACUUCGUCAACGUCGAGUAUCUUUCGAACUUUACUUGCCUUUAUACUUAACAUAGAUACGUUUGAUUGAAUACAUAUUUGAAAAUUAAAAUAAAGUAAUUUUUGUCAUCA